AUGCUACCUGAUGGUCGUCUAGUGGCAGUGAAAGUACUUUGUGAGUCCAAGGGUAAUGGAGAAGAAUUCAUUAAUGAGAUUGCUAGCAUUAGUAGAACUUCCCACGUUAAUGUAGUCGCUCUUCUGGGUUUCUGUUAUGAGAAGAAAAAAAGAGCAUUGAUUUAUGAAUAUAUGUCCAACGGAUCAUUGGAUAACUAUGGAAUGAUGGUUCUUGAAAUAGUAGUAGGAAGAAAGAAUAUCGAUGCUGGAGUGUCUCACAUCAGUGAAAUAUAUUUUCCACAUUAUAUUUAUAAGCAUCAUGAAGGAGGUAAGGAUUUAAGAUUGGAUGGGAUUACAAAUGAAGAGGAAGAAGAAAUUGCAAGGAAAAUGAUUUUAAUAAGUUUGUGGUGCAUUCAGACCAUUCCAUCAAACCGACCAUCAAUGACUAAGGUAGUAGAAAUGCUAGAAGGUAGCCUUUAG